AACGCCUCCCCGUCACUUCCCCAAAGAGGCUACGUGAUGCCUCACUGCGUUUAUGCGUAGUCGUGACGCCACAAUCUCGCGUGAUGAGACUUGUGACGUCGAGAUUUCCUGUGAGACAGAAUCCAAGGAGCUCGCUGUUAGUGGCGUUGCCGGACGUUUUUUCCGUUGGAAGCUCCAAAAUCUAAAAUGUCCUCCUUGGUAUGUGACUGCCCCCAUUUAGAGUCAGUGGGAGAAGUAACUAAAGAAGAGCUCAUUAAGAAAUCUCACGGCAGCUGCCAGGACUGCAGAGUCAGAGGACCAAAUCUUUGGGCUUGUCUAGAGAAUGGCUGUUCCUAUGUUGGUUGUGGAGAAUCCCAUGUGGACCACAGUACUUUGCAUUCUCAGGACACCAAACACUGUCUCACUGUGAAUCUCACCACUUUGCGUGUUUGGUGCUACACAUGCAAUAAAGAAGUCUUUCUGGAUCGGAAGCUAUCUGCUCAGCCUGCUAUAGCAAAGCCUCAGGAUAGUUAUACCCAGGAAUCUAAAAUGUCUUCAAACCUUACCUUAAAAAUUCCUGCGGCAGUUGUAUCUGAGAAUCUGUAUAUUGAGCUGGAAGAGGAGGAUGAACUGAAAACAAGAGGUCUAACUGGAUUAAAAAACAUUGGAAACACUUGUUAUAUGAAUGCAGCUUUACAGGCAUUGUCCAACUGCCCUCCUCUAAUGCAUUUUUUCCUUGACUGUGGAGGACUGGCUCGCACAGAUAAAAAACCUGCACUAUGUAAAAGUUACCAGAAACUGAUGUCAGAAUUAUGGCAUAAAAACAGACCAGGCUUUGUUAUUCCAACUAAUUUGUUCCAGGGAAUUAAGUCUGUAAAUCCUACAUUUCGGGGAUACUCACAGCAGGAUGCUCAAGAAUUCCUGCGCUGUUUGAUGGAUGUUUUACAUGAAGAGCUUAAGGAACAGAUUGUAGAGGUAGAAGAGGAUGUACAGACUGGUGUCAUAGAAGAGACUUUGGAUGAGGACAAAAGCCAGUCCGAGAAUGAUUUCCAGUCUUGUGAUUCAGGUUCCAGCAGCGAUCAUGCAGAAAGUGAAAGUCGUAAGCUAUCGGAGGAACUUACAGAGUCAACUAUGCUAAUUCAAGAGGAGAAUAAAGAAGUGGAAACUUCCAAAACCUGGCGGAAGGGCAAAAUAUUUUCUAAUAACCUUAACCAAAACCACUUCUUGCAGGAUUUUGAGAAAAACAUUCAGAACACAAUAGAAGAAAGUGAAUGUCUCAACCAAGAAACUGUCAAAGUGCAGAUCCAAAGCAAAGUUGCAGACUUUACUGCUGAAGUCAACAUGAACGACCUGUCUACAUCACAAACUCCCUUGCUAAAUGAAGGAGCAACUACACACUUUUCAAGUAGUCCCCCAAAACCUGGAGCCAUUUGGGCGGGUCACAAAAAAGUUUCAGGCCUGUGCCUGACCAAAAAGAGAAAACAGAAGAAAUAUCGCAGUGUAAUAUCAGACAUUUUUGAUGGCACAAUAGUGAGCUCUGUUCAGUGCCUAACAUGUGACAGAGUAUCUGUAACUUUGGAAACUUUCCAGGACCUGUCCCUGCCAAUCCCAGGUAAAGAAGACCUUGCUAAGCUACACUCUUCAAGCCACCAGAGCUCCCUGGUAAAAGCAGGGUCAUGUGGAGAAGCAUAUGCCCCCCAAGGAUGGAUUGCCUUUUUUCUGGAAUAUUUCAAAAGUUGGUUUUGGGGACCUACGGUCACCCUGCAAGAUUGCCUUGCUGCAUUUUUUGCCAGGGAUGAGCUUAAAGGUGAUAACAUGUACAGCUGUGAAAAAUGCAAAAAGUUAAGAAAUGGGGUCAAGUUCUGCAAAGUGCAGCGAUUUCCAGAGAUCUUAUGUAUCCAUCUCAAGCGUUUUCGACAUGAACUAAUGUUCUCCACCAAAAUUGGCACACAUGUGUCCUUCCCUCUUGAGGGUUUGGAUCUUCAACCAUUCCUUGCUAAAGACAACCAAAGUCAAAUAGUUACCUAUGAUCUUUUGUCUGUAAUCUGCCACCAUGGAACUGCCAGCAGUGGCCAUUACAUAGCAUACUGCCGCAAUAAUCUCAAUAACCUAUGGUAUGAAUUUGAUGACCAGAGUGUCACUGAGGUGUCUGAAGCCACUGUGCAGAAUGCAGAAGCAUAUGUACUCUUCUACAGGAAAGCUAGUGAGGAAGCUCAGAAAGAAAGGAGACGAGUAUCUUGUUUAUUAAACAUGGAACCAAGCCUCCUACAGUUCUAUAUUUCACGACAAUGGCUCAAUAAAUUUAAGACAUUUGCAGAGCCAGGCCCCAUAUCAAACAAUGAUUUUCUUUGCAUUCAUGGUGGCGUUCCUCCACGUAAGGCAAGCUUUAUAGAAGAUCUUGUCGUCAUGCUUCCUCAGAACAUAUGGGAUCAUUUAUAUGGCAGAUAUGGUGGUGGGCCAGCUGUCAAUCACCUCUAUGUUUGCUACACCUGCCAAACAGAAAUGGAGAAAAUGGAAAAGAGACGGAAAAUGGAGCUUGAAACUUUCAUUCGGCUAAACAAGGCCUUUCAGGAAGAGGAAUCACCAGCUGUUAUUUAUUGCAUCAGCAUGCAGUGGUUCAGAGAGUGGGAAGGAUUUGUCAAGAGCAAAGAUAGCGAUCCCCCUGGCCCUAUCGACAACACAAAAAUAGGUGCUGCCAAAUGUGGACAUAUAACUCUCAGGCAAGGAGCAGAUUCUGGGCAGAUAUCAGAAGAAACUUGGCAUUUCCUGCAGUCCAUCUAUGGUGGGGGGCCUGAGAUCACUUUGAGACAAAAUGUUACGUUUGCAGAAUCAGAAGGGGGACACUCAGAAGAGAAGAUUGAUGUGGAGACUCGCAAUGUAUAGAUGUUAAAUCCUAUGGUUGGGUUUGUGUAACCAUUUGGGCUCCAGAUACAUUUCCAUCCAGCCAUUGCUGUGCAAUGCAUUGCUGCCAUCUGGUACUCGAAUGGUUAUUUUGUUUCUUCAUUGCAAAGCAUUCCUUGAGAUACAUAAUUUUGCUGUGAUUUUAAAUGUCUGUCUUUUUUUCCAAUUUUAAACUAGCAGGGAAUAAGCUGAGAGUUUUAUUUCAGAUCACCUGUAUAAACCUAUGGAUUUAUUUACUUUUUAAUCACGCUGUAAACCUUUAAUGUAAAUAAUAUGUGGUAGUUAACCUGUGAAUGGCUGUUGGGUGCCACGUAAAGUGGUCGACUCUGCACUUAAUAGAUUUUGUCGUUUGUAAGAUCCGCCCAGACUACUGGAUACGAAACCGAAAUCUUAACUUAUUAUGUGAUUGUAUGUAGAAAACUGAUUUUAUCAUGUUUAGCAUCCCUGAUCUGUAACCCGCUGCACUUAUCUUUUAUUCUUCCCGCUGCAGGGAUGAAGAUCCUUAUUUUAUUUUUAUGGCAAACUUAUCAAGAGUUUUUCUUUAAAAGCUACAGUGACAACCAUGUUGUGCAAGUCACGGAAAAAUUAGUGUAAAAUACUUUUUAAAAAGUUGGUGUGGGAUCACAGCAGGCACUUACGGAUUUUGCUUUUAAAUAAUAUUUUUGUAUAAAUUAAACAAUUGGAAGCCUUUUACAAUUCAGCUGUUGCAGAACUAAAACUCCUAUCUGAGCUGUUAGGUAAAUGUUAGGUAUUCUGCAACAUCAUGAAUGCUAAAGGGUGCAAAUAAUUCCUGCUAAUUUACUUUUAAAUUGACUCAGGUACAGUCUGGUUUUUGUUGUGGAAUUCCUAAGGCCUGUUGCAUCUUUUAUUAAAAGUAUAAAAUGA